AUGUCAAGUGAAGUGACAAGAGCUGAAAACGAAUAUUCUAAAAAGACUCAUACACAUUCUAUAUCUGAUAUUACAAACUUAAACGUUAGCCUUGAAAAGAAAGCGGAUAAGGAAUAUGUGGCUAGUAAGUUAGAGAAGAAAGCAGAUAAGGAAUAUGUGGAUAAAAAAGAUAAUGAAAUUAAAGAAAGGGCUGAAUGGUAUCAUGAAUGGACAUCGAAGAUUUUAAAAACUAAAGCUGAUACAGGAUGGGUUUCAGGAUGUUUAGACCUUAAAGCAGAUAAAACUUAUGUUAACGAUGAGUUAGAUAAAAAGGCUGACAAGAACCAUACACAUAAAUCCUUCACUACUGUUAGAGCAGACGACAUAAUACUGAACUUUGACCUUGGUUCAAGUGCACCUUUAGAGAAUCCAAGUACAAGCGUAAAAGAUACACUAAACAGUUUAGAUAACAGUUGCAGGAACAUUGAAAGUCAUGCCAGAAACUUUGAAGCACAUGAACUACCCGCAAUGUUAGAUAAGAAAGCAGACAAAACAGAGCUUCAAACAUUAAAGACAGAAAUGCUUCAAACAUUAUAUCCUAUAGGCUCUAUUUAUACGUCAAUGAACUCUACCAGACCAGAAACAGUUCUGGGUUUUGGAACUUGGACUCAAAUAGUCGACAGGUUUUUGUAUUGUGCAAACUCUUCAAAGGAAACAGGUGGAAGUAAAACGAUUUCAGGUGAAAAUUUACCUGCACACAGUCACUACAUAGAUUUAAGUACAUCUCAAGCAGGUUGGCAUAAGCAUAGAUAUUGGGAUUGGUCAGCAAUGACAAAAGGUAAAGGAUAUGAUGUUAAAGACAACGUUAAGUUUGCUAUAAAUUGUUACUGGAGUAACACUGAGGGAGGAGGAAACCAUACACAUCACGUUUCAGGAUAUACACAAACAACGGGACAAAGUAAAGAAUACAUGCCACCUUACAUGACAGUUUACGCAUGGUAUAGAAUUGCUUAG